CCCCAGGCGCAGAGGCGGGCCCUAACAGGUUGGAGGGUGUUCAGAUUCGGGGUCUUGGCUUGGGAGAAGCCCAGGAGACAAAGAAGACGGUUGGGGGCGGGGCCCAACAUGAAGCCCCCAUCCCUGACCGCUGGGGCGUGUGAAAUCCAGCCCCCGCUCUCCCUCAGGAGCUGAACCAAGCGCCCCUUCUCCAUGGGGCCCUCAUCCUAGGCAGGAGGGCCCCGGGAGCCCGGCGCUGGCUCUCAGCUGCUCGCCUGCCCUUCCCAGCUCGCCGCACGGCCCCGGCCCCCUCCCGACUCUCUGCGUCAAGAGCGCGGCGAGUGGAACAAGCUGCAACAACCGCGCCGAGUCCCCACCCGGCCCCUGCCCCCGGGCUGCCCCACGGCCGGGGCAGGGCUUUAUAUGCCGCCUGCCGCCGCCGCCGCCACUUCCCCUGCCGCGGCACCAGCCCGCCUGGGUGCACGCGGGCCGGCGGGCUUUGCUCCGGGUCCAGCGCCGAGCCCCCGCCCCCUCCCUCGGCCGGGUCAGCCCUGCGCCGAGCUGCGUCCCGCGCCCUCCCCCUUUCCCGCUCCAGCCCCGCACCGGCCGCCUGCGCCUUCACAACUGCACCGAUUCAACAAGAUGGCGGGAUCGGUGGCGAAGAGGGACGCGCUGCAAAUAGAGGACGGACAUUUAAACAACUCCUUGGGAUCUCCAGUGCAAGCAGAUGUGUAUUUUCCACGGCUGAUCGUCCCAUUUUGUGGACACAUCAAAGGAGGAAUGAGGCCAGGAAAGAAGGUCUUAGUUAUGGGCAUGGUGGAUCUCAACCCCGAGAGCUUUGACAUCAGUCUGACAUGUGGGGAAUCAGAAGAUCCUCCUGCGGAUGUAGCCAUUGAACUGAAAGCUGUAUUUACAGACAAACAGUUCCUCAGAAACUCUUGUGUAUCUGGCGAAUGGGGCGAAGAACAAUCAUCGAUUCCUUACUUUCCAUUUAUUCCAGACCAGCCAUUUAGGGUUGAAAUACUUUGUGAGCACCCACGUUUUAGAGUAUUUGUGGAUGGACAUCAGCUUUUUGAUUUUUACCAUCGUAUUGAAACGCUGUCAGCAAUUGACACAAUAAAGAUAAAUGGAGAUCUUCGACUUACUAAACUUGGCUAACCUAGUGAAAACUGUAGAUUCCAAACUGGCUCAGGUGAAUCUUCUAUCUGGAAGAUCAGUGACAGCUGAGUUUGGACACAACUAUUAUAGGCAAGCUUCACUGUUUCUUUCCUGUGUCCAGUAAAGAAUAUGUUGAUGAAUUGAACUGAUAUUUAUCCUACUGAAGAAAGCUGUUGAUUUAUAGACACUGAGCCAUUUUUCUUCAAACAGACUAGCCCCUCCAUGCAGGAUAAUCAAAUUAGAAUGGAUUCAGAAAGAUUUACAGUCUUGUCAUAAGUUGUAGCAGCUAUUAACCUUCUCAGAGAAAGGCAAUUUCUGAAACAAGCGCUAAAGCCAGCUAUUGAUCAGCGAUUUAAAAAAAAAAUUUUUUUUUGCAAAUAGUUUCUGCACUGAAGUGGAUUAGUGUAGCACAAAACAGGGCCAAAUGCUGACGUCCUUAUCCAGGGCCUGAUCCUGUCUCUAUUUAAAUCAAUGGCAAAACUCCCAUUGACUUCAAUGAGUCAUGACUCAUGAUCAAACUUUCAGUCCUUUAGUCGAGCACAAUUCUCAUUGAUUUCUGUGAGUUUUGCCAAAGAAAAGGGCAGAUCCUCAGCUGAUGUAAAUCAGCGCAGUUCUAUUAACUUCAGUGGAACUAGGCUGAUUUAUGCCAGAGGAAGAGUUGGGACUGUGCAAAAACUGAGUAAGGGCUUCAGGAUUUGGCUUGUAUAUUUUAGUCAGGGUAUUUGCAUAGAAUGUAGAUUGUUACAAGUUUUUGCACAAAUGAACGUUAAUACAGUUUUUGACGCUUACCCGUAGUUUAUUUAUUUAUACUCAUCUCUGUAUGUAUUCUUAGUAAAAAUGAACGAUUUUACUGAUAAUUAAGAACAGCAAAGUAGAAGUAUUUUGAAUGUACAAAUGUCUUAGAUUCUUUGGGUAAACUUGACAUAUCAUUAUUGAAGCAGUACAGGUGUCUUGCUGAACGGUCGGUUACAUUCUAAUUGUGCCCUGUAAACCCAGAAAGGUAGGGGGUCUGCUCGUGUAUUCACUAUAGACUGUUUUUCAGGACUUUACAACUUUGCUGUAAAUGUUAAGUCUGAGCUAAAGCAGUUUAAAAAAAAAUCUUUAUAUAGAAGGUUUGUAGGUUUAGUUGUGCUUUUUGGAACUUAGCUUGCAGAAUUUAAUUCUGUUCCCAUCAGUUCAUAAUGGGCACUAGCCUUUUGGGGGUAAGUGGGAAAUUCUCUGGGCGCAUCGAAGGGCAGAAUUUGAUCUUUGGUAUUAAAAUUUAAAAUCGUGUGUGGACAGCCAAGUUAUUAGCACUUGAAAAUCAGCUACUGCACUUGAAUAAGUUUUCCAAAUAGCUUUUUAAGUAAUAGGUGUAGCUCUCUAAACACUGUAACUGAUCUACACUACGGAUGAACACAGUAACUUUUCAUAGUUUCUUUAGGACUUCAUACACUUUUCCUUGGAUGUACACAAUGGACUACAACAAGUCUUUUUGAGAUGUUCUAGUCUGUGAAAUAAACAUUUAUUUAGACAAUUUAUAAAACAUGUAUUAUAGGGACUUUUUUAAGGCAUGUAUUUUGGAGCCUUUUUUGUAGCACAACAUAAAAAAAAAAAAAAAGGAAGAAUAAUCUCUGAACUAUGUUAAACUUACGAUAAAGAUCUGGUUUAAGCCAACCAAAACUGAAACAUCCAGAGUGAGGACAGAACACCAAUUGUCAAUCAGUUCAUUUUGCCCUCCCUUUGAGCUAAUCUGGCCCUGAAUCAGGAAGCCUUAGACAGUGAGCCAAAAUUCCAAUUAUGGCCCUGAUCCAAAGCUUAUUAAAGUCAAUGGGAGUCUUUCUGUUGACUUCCGUGGCCUUCGGAUGAGACUCCAUAUGAGCUACAAACAUAGAGGCCUGAUCCGUAUCUCACUUACGCUAAUGUAAAUGAAAAGUAACUCUGUUAAAGUCUGGAGUUGUGCUGGUGCAAGUGAGAUCAGGAUUGCGCCCCUAGCCAUACAGUGCAAAUUAAAGAUGGAGUUUUAGCCUUAUCUUUGAAUUUGUGAUUUCUCCUCUCCCCCACCCUCCCCCCAUUUAAACCAGCCCAAAUGUUAUUUUCAGGUGAUUUUUUUCUGGUGUGUGACUUUAUAUGUAAAAUGGACUCUGUUUGUAUUGCAGGUUGAUUCUUGAUAUGAAAUGUUCCUGUCUUGCUUUGUUUUUAUCAGUUUUACACGAUACAUAAGUAAUGAAAUGACUGUGUCAUUUUCAAAUAUGUUAAGAAUGCUGGCCGUGUUUCAAUACAAAAAUAUAUUCUUAAAAAUAAAAUCCUAGGAAAAGAAGCUUUUACAUGAAACCUCUGGAUUAUUCUCCAGCUUUGAAACUGUUUAUAGUUGCAAGGCAGAUGCAGGUAGAAGAUGAAUUAUGCUUAGGAAGAUACAUUAGUAGCCAACUGGUCCAGCAUCUUCUCAACCUUGAACGUUUAGGGGCAGGCUCUCUGGGGUGGUGCUGCUACUUUGUGCCAUAUCACCAGCAGAAUCCAGUCAGAAUGCUCGUGUACCUGGCCCAAGGAGGCUAUCACCAAAGAAAGAACAAUCCUCCGAUAGCCUUCCACUGGCUCUGUGCUCUUAUGCCACUUCCCGUCCCCACUGUUUGUAUAGCUGGGGACAAGAGGCUUGGUUGGGCUGCCGCUAUGCUAAGCUGCUCUCUCACUACAUUUUCUGCCCCUUGGGACUGUUUGCAGCUGGUAUAAAUUAGAGCAGCCCCCAGUCUGCUGUAACCCAGCACUAGCCCUGUACAGACCAGCAGCAGGACCAGAGAGUGCAAAGCACAUGCCCAUGACAGGUGCUCUGUGCGGAUCAACAGACCCCAUGAUGUGGCCCAUCCAACUCUCCCACCCUUAUAUGGCUCUUAGUGCUAUACCAGUCCCGUAUAAGCUACUGUUUUAUGGCUCUCAACUGCAUUCAAGUCCCUCUUUACAACAUAUUAUACUUUUCUGUCCCAGGAAAAGGCUUGUAGGGCCUGAUUCCAGUCUUGCCUAAUAUAAUUCCAUUGACUUCGAUGGCUAGCCUCCUGAUUUACACUGGUAUGAGAUUAGAAGCAGGCCCAGAGAGACGGAAGAUCAUAAACACAUUUAUAGUAUGUUUGGACUUAACUUAGCAUAAAGAUCUGCAGCCUUUAAUGCUGAGGAAACCUGCCAGGAAGUCCCAGUUACAGCUUCCAUCCCCGUUAGUCUCUUUGGUAGAUACUUGAAGCCUUUUCAUUUUUUGCAUUGGGCAGUUCCAGGCUAUAAAGAAUCAAACAAGACUGGAGAUGGCAUGUAAGUAAGCACCAGAUUCUGAUUUACUGGAGACUGGAUUUAUACAAGCUAACUCCAUUGAGGAGCUGCUCUUAACUAAUUGAUGUGUGGAAUAAGUCAGACAAGAAUCAGGCCCUACAUGUUUCUGUUCAGUAAGCUUUAGAACCAAAUAUAUCACCAGGCCCUUAUGUGAUUUAAUAGGAAAAUGCAGAGUAUUCGUUAGAGAUGGGACUAUGCUGCAAAGCUUGGGUCUGGAUGCAAGUUUCCCUGGAAUUUGGGGAUUAUUCAGCUCUGGGAGUUUUUUUUUUUAAACCUGUCUUUAGUAUUAGUCCAUUGAUGUGGUGGAUGAUCUAGCAUGCAGCCUCUAUGGGUCUGACUCUCAAAAAGACUCAGCACCUCCCAAGGGGAGGUUUUCCAAAGAGUUCCACUUGUAUUGUUCUCAAUAGGAGCUCUGGGGUGCUGAGCUGACCCACCUGGGGUGAGCAGGUUAAUAAUCUACUAGAGAAACAUUUCGCUGUAGUUUAUUUUGUAAAUUUCCUCCCAGUGCCGUCAGUUGUUACAAUGAGAGGAACCUAAUAUUGAAUGAAUAAAGCCCCGAGUGAUAAAAUACCAAUAGGAGUAGAUGCUAUCCUCUUAACUAGUAUAGCUUUAAAAUCCACACUGUUAUGUUUGGAAUUGGCAGUGAUAAAACACAACCUGAUUUCCUUACUGGUUUUUAAAUCCGAGAAUGUUGCCUACUCAGAAACAGCCUUGAAAUACUUCAGCAUUGUAUAGAGAUAGUAUUUCUCUGAAAAUACUUCACAGAAAUGCUUUUUCUUGGCUAAGCUGCUUAAAAUGUUACAGUGUGUCUUCUAAUGUUUCUAUGUCACAGUUAAAGAUAUUUGCACUAAACUAGAAGAACGUUUUGUACUAAAUAUUCUCGCGUUGUGUAAGUGAACCUCCAAAUUAUGUGUGAGAUGUUGAACUUCCUCUCGUUUCCAUGACCAGCUUGUAAAAAUAUGCGGUGUCACGAAACCAAUUCAGUGUAAAGUCUGCUUGAAGCAAACGUCUUGCUUGAGGGCUGUUUUGAACAUACUGCAUGUGGCAUGAGCGAGAGCCUGAUUUACCAUUCUGCUAUGCCAGUUUGAUGCCGUUGUAAUGCCACUGAGAUCAAUGAAGCUGGUGCAACCAAAUGGAGAGGCAGGCCCAGAGAUUUUUGUUGAUUACUCUUAAUGUGUAGGAGCGGGGUUGAGAUUUUAUCUUCCAUUAUUUAAAAUUGUGCGCAAGGAGGAAAUGAGAACCAUGGGGCCAUCACACUGGCUUUCUAGUGGCACGGUGGUAGCACGCUGUAUUGCAAUGCUAAUGGAGCGUAAGCUCAAAGGCAGAGUUCAAGUUCUGUACCACAGCCUGCCAAAGCAUAAGAGAGUGAGUUAAGCUGAGAAGGUAUGUUUGAAGGACAUGCGCAAAUGUCCCUGAGGCUAGUUUUGGAAUUUAAGUUUGGAAGACCUGACCUUACUUAAAUUCCUAGCUUCCUUGUUUGAAACAGGGACUGAGGGUAAAUAAGAAGAUAGCUUAGGGAAAAAAAGCAUGGUAGCCAUUCUAGUGCAGUAGUCUGUAAUGCUGACAGUCAUAUGGUACAUCUGACGUGGGCCUGUAGCUGCUCCUUGCAUGGGCCUCCCAUUGAAAUCUAUGGGAGCGCCACGUGCCAAAUGGCUCCAGGAGCAGACCCAUAGUGCACGGUACCUUGAUCACUUAGGUCAGUGACACUGACUUUUCUAUAUCGAGAACUGCAGCACCAUGGGCCCUGAGUCUGCUCUCACUUAGGUGGAAAUCAAGAGGAACUUUCCUGAAAUCAAUGGUAUUUCACCAGCGUAAGUGACAUCAAAAUUCGGCUGAUGGUGAUUACAGGCCAAAUUCUGACCUUGGAUACCUAUGCUCAGCUCCUGAAAAUAUAUGAACUAGAUCCUCAGCUGGUAUAUGUAGGCAUGACUUCAGUGGAGCUUCACCAAUUACACCAGCUGAGGAUCUGGCCCUAUAGGUCAAUUUGCAUACACACGUCCCAAGGCAGAAUCUAGGUAUCCCUUCCCCUGCCGCUUUCUAAAGAGUGCAAACAAAUAUUUCAAACUCUAAUUUCUUAAGAUAAACUGAACCCUAGCAAUGAAUUCCCUGCUUUUUGCAGAAAAACGAAAGAUUACUCCUUGGUGAGAGGUGUAUAUUUUUCUGUUUGGUUAAACUGUUUUCAGCGAUGUGUUUGAAACUUGAGCUGUGCCGUGUGUGUCAUGUGUUAAAGAAAAAGGUCCAGAUUCUGAUCUCAGCUACACAAUUAAUUAGAAAAGUUGUAUCUGCAUUCAUAACUAGGGCCAACCCAAAUGGGGGAAAAAUGAGCUGUAUGCACUUUUUGUCUUGCUUUGAUACACCCUCUCGGCUCCUCCCAGCAACCAGUGAUUUGUAUGAAAAAUACAAUUAGUGUAACUAGGGAUUGCCUGCUGUAUGAUGAUCAGCACUGUGUGCAACAUCAAAAUAAUCAAUGCCCACGUAACUACACAUCUUCCCUAGUUUCUAUUGCUAGACCUAUUGGAUCUGUCUGUUAGCAUAGAGCUGUAUCUUUCCUUUUGAGGUCAAUGACAAAAUUCUCUUUGACUUGAGUGGGAGUAGGUCCAUAGGAAUGAGGAUAUUUCUCUUCUACACCCCAGUCCUAUUAUUCUGACCUGAAACAUACAAAGUUUGAGCAUCAGUUUAUAGGUGUAUUUUAUUCUUCUAAAUUUACUUUGAAGUAUGAGAUGGGGAAUAUUUCUUGCCUGCCAUAUGUAUUUGAAUAGAACCAUUAGAAAGCACAGCCUUUCCGUUCUGCAGUAAUGCUGGUUUGGAGGUGAGCACAGUGGAGAGCUUCACGAAAGUUACAUUCUGAUUUUAGAAAAGGGUAUGCAUGAUUUGAUCUGGCAAUAAUAAUAUGUAUUGUUCACCACAAAUCUAUUUUUAUGUUGUGCCAAUUUGAUAAUGAACUUUUAAUAAGAAUAAAAUAUGAAACCAUUAA